AUAGGGAAGGCGGGGUGGGGAAAAAAAAAUGGAGGUUGAGCCGUUAUACGCCUGCGCAGUACAUCUUAAUGAAGUGCUUGAUGGAGCAUGGUAUCUCUAUUAAAUCGUCGCGUCCUAUUAGCGAACCGCCACCUUAUAGAGUGAGGCGGGGAAAGGAGGGGACUAAUGGUACGCCUGCGCAGAGGCAGUCAACAGAUGCUAUGACCUCUCUGGAUUCUCCCGCCAAGAAGGGAGACUGCGCGCUGAUGGUUGUUUGAACCCGGAAGUGGGAACUGUAGCGUGAGCGUGGCGCUGGUGAGCCGUCUGCGCGUGGGGAGAAGAGGCUGGAAGGAGAAGGGCGGACCCAGGCGGCCUUCCUUCUGGGGGCUGCUGCCUUCGGAUCCCUGCGGUAGGGGGCGAGGAAGAGCGCGUCCCGCUUCCACGGGCUUUGGGGACUUUGCUUCAGGAUUUGGAGAUCUCUGUUGCGUGAAUUAACAACUUGAACAUGAGCCUCGAUUUACAUGAUUUACUACUUUGCUGUCGUCAACUUGAAAAUGACAGAGCUACAGAACGAAGGAAAGAAGUUGAGAAAUUCAAACAUUUGAUCCGAGAUCCUGAAACAGUUAAACAUUUGGAUCGGAAUUCUGAUUCUAGACAAGGAAAAUACUUGAACUGGGAUGCUGUUUUUAGGUUUCUGCAAAAAUACAUCCAGAAGGAAACAGAAUGUUUGCGAACAGCAAAACCAAAUGUAUCGGCUUCAACACAAGCUUCCAGACAGAAAAAGAUGCAAGAAAUUACCAGCUUGGUUAAAUACUUCAUCAAAUGUGCAAAUAAAAGAGCCCCCAGAUUGAAAUGUCAAGAGCUUCUAAAUUAUGUCAUGGACACAGUGAAGGAUUCCUCCAGUGGAACAACUUAUGGAGCUGACUAUAGUAAUAUAUUGCUUAAGGACAUUCUUUCAGUAAGGAAAUACUGGUGUGAAAUAUCUCAGCAUCAUUGGUCAGAACUUCUGGCCCUGUACUGUACAUUGUAUCUCAAGCAGUCUAAAGACAUUAAUAGAGUUUUAGUGGCUAGAAUAAUUCAAACUGUAACCAGAGGAUGCUGUUCCCAGACAGAUGGAAUAAAUUUAAAGUUUUUUGAUUUUUUUUCAAAGGCCAUGCAGUGUGCAAGGCAGGAAAAAAGCUCUGCAGGAUUGAAUCACAUUCUGGCUGCCCUUAAUAUCUUUCUCAAGGUCUUUGCUGUAAAUUAUCGUAUUCGAGUUUGUAAAUUAGGAGAAGAAAUCCUUCCUACUGUGCUUUACAUAUGGUCUCAACAAAGACCAAAUGAUUCUUUGAAGGAUGUAAUUAUUGAAUUAUUUCAUCUGCAAGUUCGUUUUCAUCAUCCAAAAGGAGCCAAAACCCAAGAAAAAGGAGCUUAUGAAUCAGCAAAAUGGCAAAGUAUUUUAUACAACUUAUAUGAUCUACUAUUGAAUGAGAUAAGUCAUAUCGGAAGCAGAGGAAAAUAUUCUUCUGGAUGUCGAAACAUUGCUGUCAAGGAAAACUUGGUUGAAUUAAUGGCAGAUGUUUGUCACCAGGUCUUCAGUGAAGAUACCAGAGUCCUAGAAAUCUCUCAGUCUUAUGUGACAUCACCAAGAGAUAUUUGUAGUGGCAGUACACCUAGCAAAAGGAGAAAAAUAGAAUUAGGUUGGGAAGUUAUUAAAGAUUAUCUUCAAAAAUCACAUAAUGAUUUUGAUCUUGUGCCAUGGUUACAGAUUACAACACAGUUAAUAGCAAAGUAUCCUGAAAGUCUUCCUAACAGUGAACUUACACCAUUAUUGACAAUACUUCACCAGCUUCUAUCCCAGCAGCGACGAGGGGAACGUAUUCCAUAUGUGUUAAGAUGCCUUGUCAAACUUGCAUUGUGUCAAGGAAAGAAACUGGAUCUGGAAACCUCCCAUAAGUCAGAUCUCCUGAAACUUUGGAAUAAAAUUUGGUCUAUUACCUUUCGUAGUAUAAGUUCUGAACAAAUACAGGCUGAAAACUUUGGCUUACUUGGCGCCAUAAUUGAAGGAAAUUUGGUUGGGGUUGACAGAGAACUAUGGAAGAUAUUUACAGGAUCAGCUUGUAGACCUUCUUGUCCUGCAGUAUGUUGUUUGUCAUUAGCCUUGAUGUCCUGCAUAGUUCCAGAGAUGUCAAAAGUAGGAAUGGAUCAGAGUGUUUGUGAAAUAAAUCAAGGUUACUCAUUAAAAGAGUUAAUUAUGAAGUGGCUGCUAUUCUAUCAGUUAGAAGAUGACAUAGAAGAAAGUACAGAGCUCCCUCCAGUUCUUUGCAGUGAUUUUCCUCAUCUAACUCUGGAGUCAAUUCUUGUGAGUCUCACCAUGAAAAACUGUAAAGGGGCAAUGGAUUUUUUCCAGAGUGUGACUGAAAGUGAGCAGCAGCAAAAAGGCAAAGUAGAAGCCACAUUCUUAGAAGUAGAAGAGCUAUACCUUCAGACAACUUUUGACCAGAUGGAUUUUUGUACCAAUAUGAUGUACAGUGCCUCUGAAAAAAUCCAGACUAGUGCUGGACUUUCUUUCCAUCAGAAUCUAAAAGAAACACUAGAUCGCUAUCUUCUGGGAUUAUCUGAACAGCUUUUAAAUAAUUAUUCCCUUGAGACUGUGAGAUCAGAAGCUCUUGUCCGAUGUUCCAGUCUUUUGGUGGGUGUUCUUGGUUGCUAUUGUCAUGCAGGUAUAUUAUCUGAAGAAGAUGCAUAUAAAUCAAAAUUGUUCCAGAAUGCCAAGUCUCUGAUGCAGUAUGCUGGCAAAAGUAUUACAUUGUUUAAAAGUAAGAUAAAUGAAGAAUCUAGAAUUUGUUCAUUGAGGACUAUGAUGUUGCUUUGUACCAACUAUUUAUAUAAUUGUACAAAGAACAAGCUGAAUAAGAUUAUAUCUGGCCUUUUUCUGCGUUUGUUAACAUCAAAGUUGAUGAAUGACAUUGUGGACAUUUGCACAAAUUUAGCAUCCCUUACUAAAAGACCAUUUGAUUCUGGAGAAGUGGAAUUAAUGGAAGAUGAUGUUGAUGUAAAGCUAAUGGAGGUAGAGGAUCAAUCAACCAUGAACCUAUUUGAAUCUGAUGACACUAAUAUUAAUAAUGCAAAUGAAUCUGGAGAGGUACAAAAUACUUUUGGUUCAAUAAGUCCUCUAGCUGAAGAACAUUUAACAAAGCAAGAUCUUCUUCUCCUGGACAUGCUAAAGUUCUUAUGUAUAUGUGUAACUACUGCUCAGUCCCAUACAGUAUCUUUUAGAGCAUGUGACAUAAGGAGGGAGCUGUUGAAGCUAAUUGAACCCAGCAUACUAGACACUUCUAAAUCCCUCCACCUACACAUGUACUUGGUGCUUUUAAAGGAACUCCCAGUUGAAGAAUAUCCCUUGCCGAUGGAAGAAGUUUCUGAACUUCUGAAGCCUCUUUCGCAUGUGUGUUCUUUGUAUCGUCGUGACCAAGAUGUUUGCAGAGCAAUCUUAAGCCACAUUUUGCCAAUAAUAACAAAUCUGGGUCAACAUAGUUCAGAUGUAGAAAAUACAAGAAAUGCACAAGGACAAUUUCUAACAGUCAUAGGAGCUUUUUGGCAUUUAACAAAGGAAGGCAAAUGUGUGGCAUCUGUGAGAAUGGCACUAGUAAACUGCCUGAAAGCCUUGCUUGAGACUGAUCCUUAUUCGAAGUGGGCUGUUCUUAGCAUAAUGGAAAAAGACUUACCUGUGACUGAGGUUCUUCCACAGUUUCUUGCUGACAACCAUCAUCAAGUUCGAAUGCUUGCUGCAAAGUCAAUUAACCGAUUAUUUCAGGAAACAAAACAAGUAGCCAUUUCAAGGUCAUCAAGAGCAUUUCCUUUGAAGCUCCAGCAAAAAGCUUUUGAAAAUGCAUAUUUAAAAGUUCAGGAAGGAAUGAAAGAAAUGUCUCGAAGUCCUGUUACUGCUGGUGAACUUCUAGAUGAGCCUUAUAAUAGAAAAGCUACUUUAUUGAUGACAGUAUCCAUGAUUUUAUACUGUAGCCCUGUAUGUGAAAAACAGGCUUUAUUUGCCAUAUGCCAGUCAGUGAAAGAAAAUGGAUUAGAAACCCAACUUGUAAAAAAGGUUUUGAAGAGAGUCUCUGAAAUUUUCGACUAUAAACACUUAGAAGACUUCAUGAAUUCUCAUCUAGACUAUCUGGUUUUGGAGUGGUUGAAAUUACAAAAUAUUGGAUAUAACUUGUCAUCUUUUCCUUUUAUUUUACUGAACUACACAAACAUUACAGAUUUCUACAGUUCUUGCUAUAAGGCUUUAAUUCCACUUUUGGUGAUGAGAGGUCAGUUUGAAGAUGUGAAGUCCAUUGCUGACCAGAUCCAGAAGGAUUGGAAAAACCUUCUAACAGAUUGUUUUCCUAAGAUCCUUGUAAACAUUCUUCCAUAUUUUGCCUUUGAGAGCACGGGGAACAAUGAUAUGUCAGAGCGAAGAGACACUGCUACUAAAGUAUAUGAUAUGCUUAAGGAUGAAAAUAUUUUAGGGAAACAGAUUGAUCAUUUACUUAACAGUAAUUUGGCAGAGAUCAUAGUGGAACUAUUGAUGACAUUACAUGAGCCAGCAGAUACUGAAACUAGUGAAAGCACUGACCUCUCUCCCUUUUCAGGGGACCUUGAUCCUGCCCCUAAUCCUCCAUACUUUCCAUCACAUGUGAUCAAAGCAACGUUGGCUUAUAUCAGCAAUUGCCAUAAAACAAAGUUUAAAAGUAUUGUAGACAUUCUUUCUAAGAGCCCAGAUUCCUUCCAGAAAAUCCUUUUAGCCAUAUGUGAACAAGCAGCUGAAACAAAUAAUGUAUAUAAAAAAAAUAGAAUUCUUAAAGUAUAUCAUCUCUUUGUUAAUCUAUUACUGAGAGAAAUAAAAAGUGGCUUGGGUGGAGCUUGGGCUUUUGUUCUUCGAGAUAUUAUUUAUACCUUAAUCCACUAUAUCAAUAAUAGGCCUUCCCAUUUCAUGGAUGUAUCAUUGCGCAGCUUUUCAAUCUGCUGUGACCUGUUAAGUAAGGUUUGCCGGACAGCAGUGACUUACUGUAAGGAUGCUUUGGAAAGCCAUCUUCAUGUUAUUGUGGGCACAAUCAUACCUUUGGUGGGUGACCAGUUGGAGAUUCAGGAACAGGUCUUAGACCUGUUGAAAUAUCUAGUGAUAGAAAACAAAGACAAUGAAAACCUUUAUCACACAAUUAGACUCCUAGACCCAUUUCCUGAUCAUGAAGCCUUUAAGGACUUACGUAUCACUCAGCAGAAAAUCAAAUACAGUAAAGGACCCUUUUCGCUCUUGGAGGAAAUUCAUCAUUUCCUUUCGGUAAGUAUCUGUGAUUCACUACCUUUGACCAGACUUGAAGGAUUAAAGGAGCUUCGAAAGCAACUGGAACAACAUAAAGAUCAAAUGAAAGACCUUUUGAAAGAAUCUCAAGAUAACCCACAAGAUGGCAUUAUGGUGAAGCUUAUUGUGAGUUUACUGCAACUAUCUAAGAUGGCAAUAAACCAUACUGGUGAAAAGGAAGUUUUAGAGGCCAUUGGAAACUGCUUGGGAGAAGUGGGUCCUAUAGAUUUUUCUACCAUAGCCAUUCAGCAUGGUAAAGAUGCAUCUUAUUCUAAGGCCAUUGACUUAUUUGAGGAUAAAGAACUUCAGUGGACCUUCAUAAUGCUCAAAUACUUAAAUAAUGCACUGGUUGAAGAUUGUGUUAAGGUUCGAUCAGCUGCUGUUGCAUGUUUGAAAAAUAUUUUAGCCACAAAGACUGGACAUGAGUUCUGGGAGAUUUAUAAGAAAACAACUGAUCCCAUGCUUAUAUACCUACAACCUUUUAGAACAUCUAGGAAAAAGUUUCUAGAAGUUCCUAGAAUUGACAAAGAAAAUCCUUUGGAAAACUUGGAUGAUCCAAAUUUGUGGGUUCCACAGGAAGAAAAUCAUGAUAGUUGGAUCAAGACAUUGACUUGUACACUUUUGAAGAGUGGGGGCAUAAAAAGUGAAAUUCUUUUGUUAUUGAAGCCACUGUGUGAAGUGAAACCCAGCUUUUGUCAGUAUGUGCUUCCAUAUUUGAUUCAUGAUAUUUUGCUCCAUGAUACAAAUGAGUCCUGGCGAAAUCUUUUAUCUGUGCAUAUCCAGGGAUUUUUUACGAACUGUUUCAGACAUUCCUCACAAUCCAACCGAUCUACAACUCCUGCAAAUUUAGAUUCAGAAUCAGAAUUUCUUUUUCGAGGAUCUUUAAAUAAAAAAUCAAGACGAACAAUGCUUGCUGUUGUGGAUUAUAUGAGAAGACAGAGAAGACCCUUCUCAGGGACAGUUUUUGAUGACACUUUCUGGCUGGAGUUGAAUUAUUUGGAGGUUGCCAUGGUAGCUCAGUCUUGUGCAGCUCACUUCACAGCAUUACUGUAUGCAGAAAUCUAUGCAGACAGGAAAAACUCGGAUGAUCAACAGAAAAGAACUACUUUCUCAGCAAGCAGAAGUUUAACAUUUGAAGAUGGAAGUCAGUGUACAACUAUUUCUAGUUUGAGUGAGAAAAGUAAAGAAGAAACUGGAAUAAGUUUACAGGAUCUUCUUAUGAAAAUUUAUAGAAGUAUUGGAGAACCUGACAGUCUUUAUGGCUGUGGUGGAGGGAAAAUGUUACAGCCCCUUAUCAGGAUAAGAACAUAUGAACAUGAAGCAAUGUGGGGGAAAGCACUUGUGACCUAUGACCUUGAGACAACUCUCUCCCCAACUACACGCCAGGCAGGAAUAAUAGAGGCCUUGCAGAAUUUUGGUCUCUGCCACACUCUUUCUACUUACUUAAAAGGACUAGAUUAUGAACAUUCAGAGUGGUGUGCUGAGCAGCAGGAACUUUGCUACCAAGCAGCAUGGAGGAACAUGCAAUGGGAAUAUUGUCCUUCUCACAGAAAAAGAACAGAAGGACCUGGUUAUCAUGAAUCAUUGUACAAUGCCCUGCAGUCUUUAAGAGACAAAGAAUUCUCUACAUUCUAUGGAACCCUUAAAUAUGCCAGACUGAAAGAGGUGGAAGAAUUGUGUAAAGGCAGCCUUGAGUCUGUAUACUCACUCUACCCUGCUCUCAGCAGAUUACAGGCUAUUGGAGAGUUAGAAAAUAUAGGAAAACUUUUUUCCAGAUCCAUCACUGAUAGAGAACUCACUGAGGUAUAUGGGAAGUGGCAGAGACAGUCUCAGCUUCUCAAAGAUAGUGAUUUUGGUUUUCAAGAGCCUAUCAUGGCAUUGCGUACAGUCAUUCUAGAGACCCUAAUGAAAAAAGAAACUGAGGAUUCACAAAGGGAAGGUAUUAAGAAUAUUCUCAUAAAGCACCUUGUAGAACUAUCUGUUUUGGCCCGGACUGCCAGAAACACACAGCUUCCUGAAAGGGCAAUGUUUCAAAUCAAACAGUAUACUUCAGCAAGAUGUGGAAUCUCUGAAUGGCAGCUGGAGGAAGCUCAAGUGUUCUGGGCUAAAAAGGAACAGAGUCUUGCCCUAAGUAUUCUAAAACAAAUGAUCAAGAAGUUAGAUGAAAAUUUUUCUCAGAAUGACUCAAGCCUGAAACUGAUAUAUGCAGAAUGUUUGAGAGUUUGUGGAAACUGGUUGGCAGAAACUUGCUUAGAAAACCCCACAGUCAUUAUGCAGACAUACCUAGAAAAGGCAGUGGAAAUUGCUGGCAGUUUUGAUGGAGAGUGUAGUGAUAAACUGAGGAGUGGAAAGAUGAAGGCUUUCCUAUCAUUGGCACGUUUUUCAGAUAUUCAGUAUCAAAGAAUUGAAAACUAUAUGAAAUCAUCAGAAUUUGAAAAUAAACAAGCUCUGCUGAAUAAGGCUAAACAGGAAGUGGGCCUUCUUAGGGAACACAAAGUCCAGACAAACAGAUAUACAGUGAAGGUUCAGAGAGAGCUAGAGCUGGAUGAAUGUGCAAUCCGUGCAUUGAGAGAAGAUCGCAAACGCUUCUUGUGUAAAGCAGUUGAGAAUUAUAUCAGCUGUUUGCUUAGUGGAGAAGAACAUGAUAUGUGGAUAUUUCGACUUUGUUCUCUUUGGCUCGAAAACUCUGCAGUUUCUGGAGUCAAUAGCAUGAUGAAGAAAGAUGGAGUGAAGAUUCCCUCAUACAAGUUUCUGCCUCUUAUGUACCAGCUGGCUGCUAGAAUGGGAACCAAAAUGAUGGGAGGCCUAGGAUUUCAUGAAGUUCUGAAUAAUCUCAUUGCUAGAAUUUCACGGGAUCACCCCCAUCAUACUUUGUUUAUUAUACUAGCCUUAGCAAAUGCAAAUAAGGAUGAACUUCUAACCAAAUCAGAAGCAGCAACAAGAAGCAGAAUAACGAAAAAUGCACCAAAGCAAAUUUCUCAGCUUGAUGAGGAUCGAAUGGAAGCUGCAAACAACAUAAUAAGUAUUAUCAAAGAUGGAAAAGCCAAGAUGGUCAGAAAUGUGAAAGAACUUUGUGAUGCUUAUAUCACAUUAGCCAAUAUGGAUGCCAACCCAUGGAAGACUCAGAGAAAAGGUAUAAACAUUCCUGCAGACCAGCCCAUUAUUAGACUAAAGAACUUAGACGACGUUGUUGUUCCCACCAUGGAAAUUAAGAUUGACCCUACAGGAGAAUAUGAAAAUGUGGUGACUAUACGGUCAUUCAAGCAAGAAUUUCGUUUAGCAGGAGGUCUGAAUCUACCUAAAAUAAUAGAUUGUGUAGGAUCAGAUGGUAAAGAGAGGAGACAGCUUGUCAAGGGUCGAGAUGACCUGCGUCAAGAUGCAGUGAUGCAGCAAGUUUUCCAGAUGUGUAAUAUGUUACUCCAGAAAAACACUGACACAAGAAAGAGAAAAUUAACAAUUUGCACAUAUAAGGUGGUUCCCCUUUCUCAGCGAAGUGGUGUCCUUGAAUGGUGUACGGGGACAGUGCCCAUUGGUGAAUUUCUUGUUAAUAAUGAAGAUGGAGCUCAUAAAAGAUACAGGCCAAAGGACUUUAGUGCUUAUCAGUGCCAAAAGAAAAUGAUGGAUAUGCAGAAGAAAUCUUUUGAAGAAAAGUAUGAAGCUUUCAUAAAUGUUUGCCAAAACUUUCAGCCAGUCUUCCGUUACUUUUGCAUGGAAAAAUUCUUGGACCCUGCAGUUUGGUUUGAAAAGCGAUUGGCAUAUACUCGCAGUGUGGCUACUUCUUCUAUUGUUGGUUACAUACUUGGACUUGGUGAUCGACAUGUCCAGAAUAUCUUGAUCAAUGAGCAAUCAGCAGAGCUUGUGCACAUAGAUUUAGGGGUUGCAUUUGAACAAGGAAAGAUUCUUCCUACCCCUGAAACAGUUCCUUUUAGACUCACCAGAGAUAUUGUAGAUGGAAUGGGUAUCACUGGUGUGGAAGGUGUCUUCAGAAGGUGCUGUGAGAAAACCAUGGAAGUUAUGAGAAAUUCUCAGGAAACUCUUUUAACCAUUGUCGAGGUCUUGCUCUAUGAUCCUCUUUUUGAUUGGACCAUGAACCCCUUGAAAGCUUUGUAUUUACAACAGAGACCAGAGGAUGAGACUGAACUCAAUUCUACUCUAAAUACAGAAGAUCAAGAGUAUAACAGAAAUCUUGGUCGUAUUGACCAGAGUUUCAACAAAGUGGCUGAACGUGUUCUAAUGAGGCUACAGGAAAAGCUGAAAGGAGUAGAGGAAGGAACAGUGCUCAGCGUGGAUGGACAAGUGAAUUUGCUCAUCCAACAAGCAAUGGAUCCCAAAAAUCUCAGCCGACUAUUUCCUGGAUGGAAAGCUUGGGUAUAAUCUUUGGCAAGUGAAAAUCAGAAUGGAUUACCAUCUGCCUUUUUUUUUUUUUUUUUUUUUUUUUUUAGUAAGAAAAUUUUACUUUGGAAUUGACCAAGUAGCUAAUAAGCAUUAGCUAUGGUUAAUAAUGCUAUAAACUAAUGUAAUAUAAUUUUUUUUCAUUAAAAAGAUAGCCUAGAGGAGUUAUUUAAUAUUCCUGAGGAAUAUUUCUUUGGUACUUUGAUUGGAAACUGGGAUGACAAAUGUAGGAUACUUCCAGACCAAUUUUAGAGAUUUCUUUGUUGAAAUAGAUAAUUUAAGUUAGACCUCUGUAAGUGUUUUUAACCUAGUGAUUAUAAUUUUAUGUUCUGAUACUAGUCUUAUUGAAUGAUUCAUUUGAAAGCAGCAUAUACAUAUACUAUUUUUUUCUCUUCCUAUUAAUACAUAAAUAUUUGGCAUAUCAAGGGAAAGGAUAGCUUAGGACACUGAACGUACUGAAAAUCAUGUCAUAUUUACAACAGAGGAGGAAUAUAAUAGCAGUCUUGAUAAUUGAAAGGCUAGAAUAUGGAUGCAGGCUUAGAUUUGCUCUUUUGCUAGGACCAAUAGAAAUUAUGGAAUGAUAGACUUCAGCUCAAUAUAGGGAAGAAAAUGUAAUUUAUGUUUUUUUAAGGUCAUUUAAAAAAUAAUUUCACAAAUGUCCCUAUCCCUCUACAGAACAAUCCAUUGUAAUAUAAUUAAAUAAAAUAAACCAACAAACAUAUGAACAAUGACUAACAAAGUACAUAAUAUUGCACCUCUCUUUUGAAAGGAAAAAGUACCUUUUCCAUGUUUCUAUGCAUUUUACCAUCAGUGUUCUGGAGUUGAGAUAAGUCAUUGCAUUGGUCAAAGUUCUGAUAUAUUUUAGUCUUGUUCUUAUGGUCAUUGUGAAAAAUAUUUUCUUGUUUCUACUUUUUCCUUUGUUCAUCUAAGUCUUCUCAAGCUAAUUUUGCCCUUUCUCAUAGUACAGUAGUAUUCAGUUACAUUCAUAAACGAGGCAUAGUUAUCUGCCAGUAUUUGACUAUAAAUGGGAAUUAGUGAAUUUUCAUAUAUAGUAUGAUUGACAGCUCAUUUGUGAAUUCUUAUGUUGAAUGAUCUUGGAAUUCAAAUUAACUACUUGCAUUUUUAGUAAACUACCUUUCACAAUUUGUGCCUAAUUUGUUUUGAUGAAUAAGUAUUGAAUUGCUUAUGUGAUAUAAGCUAGAUGUUUAAUACCUAAGCUAGAAUUCAUCUUGUUAAAAAUAUUUCUUAAAAAAGGAAUCCUGUUACUUAAGUCUUAGAUGAACAUAAUUACCAAAAGCAGUUUGAAAUGGACAGGACUAAUUUGCAUAAGAUACUACUACCUCCUCUAUAGUGCAAAGCUAGGGUUGUUGAUGUUUAUAUUUUCAAAAGGAAAAUAGCCAACUGCUAGAAAUGGAAUAUUUUAAUGACUUUUUUUUAAAUACCAUUAAAUAUUAUUGGUAAAGGACCAUUAUGUUGUUAUACUUCUAUAUUUCACGGUCAGAUUAUUGAAAAUUAGAAGGCAAUAAUUUUGCUUUCUUUCUUUAGACUGAACAAAAUGGUUUGCAAGUUAUAAUGAAUUCUCUAAGUUGCUUUUUUGUUUUUAGUUCAAGGAAACCUAGUUUAAAGGCAUAAUUACUUUUUAAUUUGUGCUGCUGACAGUAUAUGUCCUCAGUAGAGUUUUUGGUUACAUUCAGUGUCAGUUACUGUAGAAUCCUCUAAUAAGUAUGCCAUCAGAGAGGCUGUAUUGUGUUUUGGAACUUUGAAGCUUUGCCAGCUUAGUAAGAAAAAUAUUAAUGCCAUAAAGUUAUACCUACUGCAUGUACUAUAUUAGGGAAAAUAAGAAAUUGAGAUUGGGGAGGAUUUUUCUAAAAGUGGUUUCAUUCUGAUUAGGGACUAAUACCAUGCUUCUGUUUUUUGAAGGGGAAGCAGUCAAGGCACAUAGUAGAAGCAGAACCCAACCCCCAAAAAGAAUUAUUUAUGUAUCCGUUAUAUAUCACUGUGGUGUAGUUACUAGGGUAGACUCAUUCUCAACCAAAAUUAUAGAUUAUGUAGAUACAUAAAAGCAUUUUAAGAUUAAUAAUGUGAAGAAAAAAGUGCAAAGCCAUAAUUUUUUUUUUAUAUCUCUUAUAAGAAAAGUUAUCCAGUUACUUUCUGUAUUUGCUCUCUUGAAAUAUGCACACUUAGAAUGCUUGAGGAUUAAGAAAAAAUUUAAAGUUUGGUAAUGAAUUAAAUAAAUUUUUACAUGUAUAUAAAGGACUAUUUUUUACACUGCCAUAGGUCAAUCUACUGUGAAACCUUAUUAAAGGAAACACAAUUUUGAAUGUGAAGAAAUGUAUAAUUAAAACUUUAUUUGCAUGUUAACAAAAUUGUAUGUUUCUUAAAGAAUUGUUUUAACACAAUGUAAAAUAUAUAUCAGAUCAUUUCAAUAAAAAUAAAACUAUAAAACAAUAUUGAAAUUUUAAUGCAUUGGAUUUCAAAAUUGUGAUUUUGUAUUGGCAAUGUUUUUUUGUUUAAUGUAUAUAGAAUCCCAGAUUAAAAACUUUUUUUUAGC